AUGUGGAAGCAUUUGAAGUACUCGCACCUCCCAGGUAGUAGCUCGGCUGCGAACGGUUCUUCCCACGACUCAAGUAUUGGCGAAGAAGGCAAGGUGCAGGAUGGAUAUGGGGCAGAGCGAGGACAAAACCGGGUUGCCAAAAUCCUUACCCUUCUGUUCAUAUGCCUCUGCUUCACCUUCGGCUUUAUAACUGGUGUCACGGGGGGGGCGUCACUGAAAAACGCCAUAACCUCGACUCCUUCAUCUUCUUGUAUUUUGCCUUUAGCUAGACGUGAGUGGCGAAGCCUGAGUCACCUCGAGAAAGAUGCAUAUAUUACCGCAACAAAGUGCCUCGCCACCCAGCCGUCAAUCCUUGAUCUUCCUCACACUCUUUACGACGAUUUCACAUGGAUUCAUACACACAAAGGAGACGAAACUAUCCUGACAGCCGGCUUCUUCCCAUGGCAUCGGUACUUCAUACUCUCGUACGAGACGGCACUUCGUGUUCACUGCAACUACAGCGGUCGCUUGCCGUAUUGGGAUUGGACUCUGGAUUGGGUCAACUUCCACGCCUCUCCACUUUGGGACGCAAAAACGGGCUUUGGUGGUAAUGGAAACGCUUCCGCCCCCGAAAGCGUUGGCCACGGGCACUGCGUGACUACCGGUCCAUUUGCUGGCCUCCGGCCAAUGUAUUACGACCGUGACCUGAACACACACUGUCUCUCACGUGCCAUACGCUCGGGUGAAACGCUUGAGUUGGCAAUGAGCAAGAUUUCGCCUUCCGCGAUUGAAAAGUUAAUGCAGAAAGACGAGUAUCAUGACUUCACUCACUGGCUUGAGAAGGAUGCCCACAAAUCGAUGCCGUAUGUAAUUCAAGGCGAGUGGAUGCAAACCAGUGCCCCAAACGAUCCAAUUUUUUGGCUCGCCCACGUACAACUUGACCGUUUAUGGUGGCUGUGGCAGUCAAUGAAGCCCGCGACAAGGUUUUCAGACAUGUACGGAAAGGCUUGGUAUGGAUCGAAUAGAUCUGCUUUGAUGUCUGAUAAGCUCGACGUUGGGGGAUUACUUCCAAACAUUGCUGCUGGCGAUGUUCUGCGUACUGAUACCGACGUCAUGUGCUAUAGAUAUUGA